AUGACAGGAUUCAACUGGUCACAACUUUUGAAGUGGUCUUCAAAAUACAUUGAAGAUUCAUAUUCUAAUUCAGAGAUAAAGCAAAUAGACCCAGAAAGGUUGGAAUUUCUUCAGGGAGCUGUUAAAGAAGCUAUGAAAAAUGUUGUAGAUCCAAAUAAAUUGAUUUCAGAGUUGAAAGACAACUUGAGCCUUUCGAAUGAUGAAGAAGUACUUGCUUCACUUGAAAUAAUAGAUCGUUGUAUUGAAUUUCCAGAUUGUGCCUUAAACUUAGAAAAACUGGGUCUGGUUCAACCAUUAUUGAGCUGUUUAUUUCGUUCGCAAGAAAUUAGAUCGAUUACAUAUCAAAUACUUUCAAAAAGUAUGCAAAACAACCUACCCGUACAAAAUUCAUUUGGCCAAUUAGGUGCUUUACAAAUAUUAAAACAAAGCAUUCAAAAUGAAGAUUCUGAGAGUAAUAAAUCAAAGGGAAUUACUGCAAUAUCAACACUUAUUCGUCACAAUAAGGUGAUGGAGAAAUCAUUUAUUUCUGAUGAUGGAUUAUCACUUAUUGUUUUAUGGCUUCAUUCUAAUAACGUUAGAGUUCGUGAAAGAGCCUUAUCAUUAUUGAGACAUUUAUUAAUAGAGGGUAUAGUUAGAGGUGAAGAUUUCGUUGAAGAUGAUAAUUGCAAGGUCAUAGAUAUCAUUCUGGUGCUUUCUAGAAACAACUCCAUAUCUAACACUGAAUAUCAAGACAUACAAUACAGUGAAACGAUUUCGAAAACCUUGCUCGAACUUAUUAGGACAUGCAAUCCUAAACUUAGUACGGCUUCAAGAGACAGGAUAAUAGAAGAAGUUAAUAAGCGGAUGAUUUUUUUAAUCAAUUACUGUAAAUUAUACCCUAAUGAUGAUAUUUCACCAGAAUAUUCUACGCUUAUUCAAUGUAAGGGGCUAUUAGUUUAG